GUGGUUGUGACUUUCCAUGUCAGCGGCGUUUUAUUGCGUUUAUUAUACUCAGUAAAACGCAAAGAGUAAAAUCCAACGAGUUCGGUAUGGGGUGCGAUGCACGUGCGUCGUCGACCCCGAGAGAGCGCGAUGCUUGACGAUGGAUCCUCCUCCGCAGCGAACGGCAUCCUCAGAGGUAUGUAUGGUAAAUCCAGUCGGGGAUACGUUGGAUUUACGACGGGUGGAUCACGAUCGAUAGGGACCGUGCACCCCCCAUUUCAUGUCCUGCAUUCACGCGCACCGCUACGUCCAUCGCCUUUCCUUUGGAACGCUCUUGAGUGUUUGGUGUGUACGCGGUUGAAUGGAGCGAUGUCUAGGAGAGCGGCAUCGCCGUCCUGUCCCGGAGACGACAGGGCGACGUGUCAGAGGAUCAUGUGUGUACGUGGCAUUCUUGGAUGUAGAUACUCGUACAUACUCAUCAGGAAUGGCCCUCACCUGCUACGUCGUCGUUCGUCCCAGUCGUCCGCUUCAACGCUGUAUGCCCGCUACAGAGUCGUCGAGCGUCGAAACAGUCGCGAUCACGAGCGAUAGCAAAGCGCGGCUUUGCUCCACGCCGUCGUCCCUCCGGUGAAGAGUGCCGUUGGUUGAGUCGAUGUACCCCCACGGCAUAAUCCACCAACAUUCGGCAACAAGAAUUUCGGCGUUGGCCAAUCAAAUGGAGAAAUUUAUAGAUUAUACAUCUUUUCAGCC